CUGUCUCCAACAGAAGCAAAAAGUUGCGAAGGUGGAGCGAAAGUGAAAAUUUAAAUUCAUCAAUCCUUGCAGAUUCUCUCGGUUUUAUCUGACAUUUUUGCUUCUGCCGUGUACACUUGUUUGAAGACAAAAAAUUAGAAAAGUGCAUAAUUCAUCAAAAGAUUUGCACGCGUGUCCGAAACUUAUCAAAUAAAAUAUAUCUCAGUCCGUCUGUGGAAUUUUUUUUGAUAGAAUUUCAUGUUUUAACAUUCAUAAUCAGAUCAAUAGUGCAAUAUAAAAAAUAAACUUUAUUAAAGGAAGAUAAAGUGUAAUUUUUUAGUGAGGAGCGCAAAAUAAAUCAGAAAAAUUGUGAUAUUGUGAGAAUUUUCUGUAUGUUCUGCCUGCGUCAAUGCCAAAGUUAACUGCUACGCCGGCUGACAACGAUAGCUCUCCACCAUAAAUUCAUUCUCGCAGACGACUAUCUAAUUGGCGCAAGCCGCUCCGUUCUCCCUUUACUUUCGGAAAUAGCUGUGAAAGAAACAAAACAAAACCUAACAAAGUAAAAAAAGUAUUAAUACAAGUGUUGAAGAAUAUUAAUUCUUAAGUGUUAACAAUUAUAAGAAAAUCAGUGAAUUACUUUGACUGCACAAGUAAAACUUAUAAAUACAACAGCAGCUAGAACAACGAUAUACGAGAAUAAACGAAAAUGUUGAUCAAAGAAUACCGCGUUACCUUGCCAUUGACUGUGGAAGAGUAUCAAGUUGCCCAACUCUAUUCAGUUGCGGAAGCAUCGAAGAAUGAGACCGGCGGCGGCGAAGGCAUUGAGGUGCUGAAAAACGAACCAUUCGAUAAUUAUCCCCUGUUGGGUGGUAAAUACAAUGCCGGCCAGUAUACAUAUAAAAUCUAUCAUUUGGCAUCAAAAGUUCCAGCAUUUAUAAGACUGUUGGCACCGAAGGGUUCCUUAGAAAUACACGAAGAGGCAUGGAAUGCCUAUCCGUAUUGUCGAACGGUCAUAACGAAUCCCGGUUAUAUGAAAGAGAAUUUCGUAAUUUGCAUUGAAUCGCUUCAUGUCGGUGACAUUGGAGAUCAAAAUAAUGUGCAUGAACUGCCACCUGAGAAACUUAAAACACGCGAAGUUGUUCAUAUCGACAUUGCGAAUGAUACCGUCUUGCCUGCCGAUUACAAACCCACUGAGGAUCCAACAAAAUUCAAGUCAGAGAAAACUGGUCGCGGCCCGCUGGUGGGUCCAAACUGGAAGAAAAACGUCGAUCCAGUGAUGACUUGCUACAAAUUGGUGACAUGCGAAUUUAAAUGGUUUGGCUUGCAGACAAGAAUAGAAAACUUUAUACAAAAAUCAGAACGACGACUAUUCACAAACUUCCAUCGUCAAGUGUUCUGUUGGAUGGAUCGCUGGCACGGUCUGACAAUGGAGGAUAUACGCGCCAUUGAGGAGAAGGUCAAAGAAGAGCUUGAUCGGCAGCGUCAGGUGGGCGAGGUGCGGGGUAUGCGCGCUGAUAGUGAUUAAAGAAAAUAAACGAAACUUAAAAUAAAUGUAUGACAAAAGCAACAACAACAUAACAACACCAAACCUUCAACAACAAGAACAUCAAUAGAUGCAAGCAACCAGAAAUAGUAGAUACCAAACACCUCCGUAAGCAUCCAAUAACUACUGAAACGUUCUCAAUUGCACCACUCAAAACCUGAAUUAAUAUGAUUGCUUAAAGCUGACGAGUUAGCAUAUGUGAGGAGAUUGCAUUUGCGAGAUGGUGCAUCGUAUAGCUGUUUAACCAACCAGAAGCGCAGCGCAACGCAACAAAUUCGACAUCAUCAAUAGUUGUUCAGUUAUUUUUUCAUGCAGUACAUACAUACGAGUGUAUGUAAAUGUGUACAUAUUUUGUAAACUCGCAACCACAUGCCGCCGUUAUUUUUUAGCAGACACUUAAGCAGCGCAAGUUAUAUGAAAGGCAACGCAUAUUUAAAGAUGAACUUUACACAGUUAUUUCAAUUUAACCUCAAUUCUUAAGUUGUGUGAGAAUAACUUGUAUUCUAAUUUGCUUUGGAAAUUACAUUUAGCUUAGUUAAGCGUACAACAGAAACGUAUUGAUAAUUAAAACUAACCACAAUCAAUAGAAAUAUACUACUUAAAUAAAUAAAUGUGAACCAACAAAAACAAUAGACUAAACCAAGUUAAGAAGAAAUACCGUUUGAAUAACAUAUAUAAAAAAGCAAAGAAACUUAUUAUAAAGAAUUAAAAAGAAUAAAUGCAAUAGUUAAUUUUUAAAUAAAUAAUAUCUAAGUAUAAUUCACAAAUUUAAUGCGUUUAUAUAUAAAUACUAUACAUGUAUGUAUUUCCAGAAAAAACAAAAAACAAACAUAA